AGCGGUGUCAGCAGCACAGCAGCGGCUCCGGCAGAGGGAGGAAUCAAGUGGGAUACGCGUUGGGUUGUGUUAUAUCAUUCGGCUUUCGGGAAUACUUUCAUUUUCCUCUCAGAAGUUUGCUGAUUGGUCAGGCUUCCAGCUGCUCAGCACAGUCCACUGUCAAUGGAUGUUUUCCAGCCUAAAAUCUUGAAGAGAAACCUGAGCUUAUUAAAUUUGCUCUGGUUUUGCAAGAUAUGAGACGAGGAGUUGUACGGCAGAGCAAAUUCCGUCACGUCUUUGGCCAGGCGGUGAAGAAUGACCAAUGCUACGAUGAUAUCCGGGUGUCAAGGGUCACAUGGGACAGCGCCUUCUGUUCGGUCAACCCCAAGUUUGUUGCCAUAAUUAUUGAGGCCAGUGGUGGAGGAGCUUUCCUCGUUCUCCCUCUGCACAAGACGGGACGCAUUGACAAAUCCUACCCCACAGUGUGUGGUCACACAGGCCCGGUGUUAGACAUCGAGUGGUGCCCCCACAAUGAUCAGGUCAUUGCCAGCGGCUCUGAGGACUGCACAGUGAUGGUGUGGCAGAUUCCUGAGAAUGGCCUUGUCACUUGCAUGUCUGAGCCAGUGGUGGUACUGGAGGGCCACUCCAAGCGCGUCGGCAUCAUUACAUGGCACCCAACAGCACGCAAUGUUCUUCUUAGUGCAGGUUGUGACAACCAGAUCAUCAUCUGGAAUGCGGGCACAGGAGAGGCUAUGAUCACCCUGGAGGACAUGCACCCGGAUGUCAUUUACAACGUGAGCUGGAAUCGCAACGGGAGCCUCAUCUGCACUGCCUGCAAGGACAAGGCCAUUCGUGUCAUUGAUCCCCGCAAGGAGAUGAUUGUUGCUGAGAAGGACAAGGCCCAUGAGGGCGCUCGGCCCAUGAGGGCCAUUUUCCUUGCUGAUGGCAACAUCCUCACCACAGGCUUCAGUCGAAUGAGUGAGAGACAGCUCGCCCUCUGGAACACGGAAAAAAUGGAGGAGCCCAUUACUGUUCAUGAGAUGGACACCAGCAACGGAGUGCUCUUGCCCUUCUACGACCCAGACACCAACGUUGUUUACCUCUGUGGGAAGGGUGACAGCAGCAUCCGUUACUUUGAAAUCACAGAUGAGGCUCCAUAUGUUCACUACCUCAGCACCUUCACCACCAAGGAGCCCCAGAGGGGCAUGGGCUACAUGGCCAAGAGGGGCCUUGAUGUCAAUAAGUGUGAAAUUGCAAGGUUCUAUAAACUGCAUGAAAGGAAGUGUGAGCCUAUCGUGAUGACUGUACCGAGAAAGUCGGACCUGUUCCAGGACGACUUGUACCCAGACACAUCUGGACCCGACCCUGCCCUGGAGGCUGAGGAGUGGUUCGAUAACAAGAAUGGAGACCCCAUCCUCAUCUCCCUCAAGAACGGUUAUGUCCCGCUCAAGAACCGCGAAUUCAAGGUGGUCAAAAAGAACAUUUUGGACAACAAGGUGACCAAGAACACAGAGAACUCAAGCCCUGCCACCAAGUCUGCCUCCCCAACUCCAUCGAUUAAAUCUGAAGCCAAGCUGGAGGAGAUCUUGAAAGAAAUCAAAUCUCUCAAGGACCUGGUCAGCUCUCAGGAGAAGCGAAUCAUCACACUUGAAGAGCAAAUGUCCAAAAUUGCCAUUUAGGGACCCUUUACCCAACCCGCUACAAUUCAGGACGUUCCACUGGCUGGGGGGUGGGCGGGACCAGUCACUGCCUAUCUCAAUGACAGUGUUUCGUCUGAGGCCUGCCUAGCAACGAUCCCUAGCAACAUUCCAGAUGAACUUUUUCUUAGCCAGCCCCCGACCCUCAGUAUAACACAGGUGGAAUAAAGACGUGUGGCAAAUUUAGCAGAAAAUACUCUUUUGCUUUUUGGUGACAAAGGACUCCUUUCCUUUUAUUGUGUGGCAGUCGUUUUUUAUUUUGUCUACUUGUAUAAAAAAAGAGGUCUUACAGAUUCCUUUGCAUUUUAAAAAUAUGACCAGUCGAAUAUCAACAGUCCGCAUUUGCCAUUGCAUACCCAAAUAUUUUUUUACAUAGGUAUCAGUGUUUCAUGUUAACAUACCCCAAAAUUGUAAUGUUGCCAAAUUUGACUUUUUGUUUACACCUCCUUAACAGUAUUUCUUUCUUUCUCUUUGUGGGAAGAUUCAAAAUGCAAACAGGGACGCUUAGUGCUGGUAAUGUAAGGAGGUCAUCAAUAAAUUACUAUGAAAUUAAGAUAAUUUAAAUGAAUUGGGUAGUUAUGCCAGGAAGAUGACGUCUCAAACUGUGUAAUUAGAGGAAAUAAACUCAGAUUAAAGACCUGUUAAGCUGCCACAGUCUACACCGAGCACCCAGACAUCACACAAAUGACAAUUCUUGCUGUCUGUGUUGAAGCUGCACAAAUUAACUCCUGCUUUCUGCCAUUUCUUCCCAUUCCUGUUGCUUCCCAUCAUUCUGACUGUGGACAGUCGUUCACGUAAACAUGCAUUCCUUUCUGUCUUGCUUCAUUAACACGCACAGUGUGCUGAUUGGAUGAAAUGACAAACACAUUCCACAAAUCUCAUCGGCAGUUCUUGGUGUUGGGGGAAAAAAUACUCCUAUAAUGUUCUUCUCUCUGUGAACACUCUCCUGUAGUGACUCAGUUACACUGGUUGGUUGCUGUUGUAACAUCUAUGUGCUGCCCAUGAAAAGACCAACCUCAGCUCUGCUUUGUUUUUGUGAGAGGUUCAGUCAGCGACCUCAGUGUUUAGUGUCCACGGGCUUCGCUCAACACACACAAGUGCAGUCAAGUGUAGUGGGAUUAUUUUUUGUCGCCAUUCCUAACGCAUCAUAUUCCAUCCCAGAUCUGUAUCCUCUGUACAAACAAGACAGGAAUUGACAUGAAACGACACCAAGUAAUCACACAUUGACUUGACUCUUUAAAACCUUCUGGUGAUAAAACUGGAGAUUGCUGCAGAAACUGUUCAUAAUAGACCUGACAGGCCAAGAUUGUGUGUGAAUAUGUGCCUCAUGUCUUUGGUCUUUUUGGGUACCUAUCACUAUGGAGGUUUUGUUUCUUAUUGGAGGGGAGGGUUAUGAAAAGGACUCAGUAGAACGUCCAAGACUUGCCUCUAACUUGGAUGAAUUGAAUAGUUGGGUUAUUGCUUCACUGUUAAUUUUAGCCUAUUUCUUGUUCCAGCUGUGCUUAUAUCCCUCUUAGCACUUCCACUUUUGUUUUAAUGGUUUAUUUCUCAGAUGCCCCUGAUUCAGUAUAGGUGUCACAAAAUCAAGGAACCAUUGAAUUGUCCGGUCUGAGCUGUUUUAAUCGGACUGAUGCGAUAAAAGCUCCUCUUAAUGUUUUGGAUUUGUUUCCCAGUGGGAAGCUGAGACGGGUAAUGGUUCAGUCUGUUGUUUGCCUUCAAUAUUUGUUACCACUGUAAAGACCUGAAAGUGCCAUAGAGGUGACCACGGAAGUGUUUGUAGGGGACUGUUGUGAGAGUAGAUGUGUGUAGUAAAUGGAAGAAUCGAUAGGUGCCCAGACUUAAAACCACUUUGAGGUGCUAUGCUUAGUACGAACACCAUGUUCAAAGGACACUGUUGCUAAAGUACUGUGUUAGCCACAUGGAUGACAUCAUGAAGUCCUGCCAAUCCAGCCCACAGUAUACUAGGCAGCAUUACUUGUUGGGGUUUAAUAAUCAACCUUGACAUUUUGACACUUUUCCACCUCGGUACGGGUAUUAAAACAUCUUCAAAACUGAUGUCAAACCGAGAAGCAGCCUUUUGAGUCAUCGUGGCUUUGAGAUGCAAUUUAAGCAGCGAGUCGUAGAAUAUUAGUGACAGGAAAUCAAGUGCUACAGAAAUGUGUCUGACACAAAUUAUGCUGCCCUAUCUUGUAUAUCAGACUGCCACUCUAUGGAUUGUUUGUAGCACUGUUGGCACGAGAGCGAAGUUUGGAGGAGUAGUAGUGAAUAGCGAUCCAAAGGGACACUGUAGGUUGGAGAAAUGUGCAGUUGAAAGAUAGAUGUAUGUUUGUAAUUUAGGUCUAGGAAACCGAGUGAAAGCUGUGUAAAUAACAUGACCAUAUUUUCUGUAUUUUUCUUCUUCUUUUUUUUUAAUUUGAUUUCUGUUUUGUGGUUGUGCUGAAGAGGGUAUUUGUGUGGGAGGUGGGUUUUAAAUGUUUCCCCUUGUCUUUGUUCCCUGCACCUUGCCAUAAUGCAUCAUGAGAAAAGCAGAACCUCCGUUAAUGCUGGAGGUUGUAUGAAUAUCAAGAAAGUUAAAUCAGACGAAAAUGAACCAGGACGGAGCCUCGUGUCGGAGGUCUGCUCAGCAUUUUUGUUCAUUAUUCUUGCUUCAAGUAUCAAACAUUGAUUAUAAGAAAAAUUAAUAAAGAAUUUUUAAAAUGG